UCUAGAUAUUUUUAUUUCAUGACACACGAGUCCAACAUAACGUUUCUUUAUUUGAAAGAGCUGCCGCAUACGCACGUACGAUAAUUCGAAUCUGUUUAUUAUUUAUUAGUGAAUUAAGAUUCAAUCAUGUCCGAAAUUAAAGACGAUCCGCGAGAGGUUCUCGUUCUCCUGAAUUCGCUUGGUUUCGUUGGCAUUACUGCUGCUCAAUUAAAAGCUUUUAUGAAAGAUUUAAAGACGUAUAGAAAAAUAAAGGAACGUGAGAGGCAGCAACGAAGAGAAGAAAUUAAAGCAAAGAUAAUUAGCAAGCAGCAGGCCGUGAUCAGAGAAGCUCAAGAACAUCGCGAUGGAGAUUGCUCCUCGACCAAUGUCGUUUCUUCCGAAUUUUUAAAUUCCUUCAACAACGAAUCGUUGGUAAAAGUUAGAAUAAGGUGCAUUUCGAAGGAAGAUGAAGAAGUACGGAAGCAUAUCAGAACUGCUGCUGCACAGUCAGAUGACAAACCGUCAGCAGGACACCACAAGAAAGAUGUUACUCAGGUAGCAGAAUCGGACAGAAUCCAUUGCAGACAGCAUCAUCUCGAUGACAGGUGUUAUCCUGUCAGCCGAUCAAAAACUGAGAGCAGGCAGAAUGUUCCUCAUUCAGCCAAGAGUAGCCAUUUGACAGAAAAGUAUAAACAUAGCCUGAGAGUAGAAGAACAGAUCAAGCCGGUAACUUCGGUACGUGAUCAUUCGCCAAACGAGCCUGUUACAUCGAGUGAUACGAGCAGACCGCGAUCAAAAAGUGUUACGUCGGAGCCAACUGGACACGUGCGCACGCAGAGUACCUUAUCCGCAAGAUCGUCCGUCAAUUCUGCACAUAAAUCUUUUAUUCGACCAUGGAGGUUACAACCGGAAGCACAAAGGAAUGUAGUUAAUAAAAAGUGUGACCCGGUUGCUCUUUAUCAGAAGUAUCAACAGGAGUGGAAGCAGAUAUCUUUCCCUGGAGAAGCGAAACAUUCCAAAGUUAGAUGGGCCGUGCGCGAAAAGAUGCUUGGCGUAGACCCACAUCCCAUGCCACUUACAAAAAAGUUUGCGAGCAUGCCGAUACUAAAGAAGAAAUGACAAUAACCUUGAGACGUACAGAAGAGUGAUGCAAUCGACGUGACAAUAAUUAGAUUAUAUUUCAUGUGACGAUCGUUUUAAUGAUACUAAAUAUUCUUAAGCAAUACAGGCAUUUAAAAUGUGUAUAUAAGCAACUUGUACAUAUGUAUAACCAAUAAUACAACAUAAGUUUUCAGUUGCAUUAAAAA